AGUUGAGUUUGGAACGCGUAACCGUUAAAACGUACAAUCUUGGAGCGGAAGUUUCAAGUUUCUCCAUUCCACUUUUUGCGCGCAUUUGAAUAUAUAUUUUUUUACGGCAGCGAACAUGCAGCGAUUCCAAGUGUGCAGCGUCCUGAUCCUGGCCUGGAUCGCCUGUGGACAUGCCCUGGCCGUGGGAUCCCCGGAGUGCCCCGAGAAGUACGGCGUGCAGGCGUACGCCCACACGGAGAACUGCGACCAGUUCUUCCUCUGCACCAACGGCACCCUAACCCUGGAGACCUGCGAGAACGGACUGCUCUUCGACGGCAAGGGCGCGGUGCACAACCACUGCAACUACAACUGGGCGGUGGACUGCAAGGGCCGCCAGUGGGAUCCCACUCCCAUUUCCACGUCGGCCUGCGAGUACCAGUUCGGUCUGUACGCGGUCUCCAAGGACUGCUCCACCACCUACAUCAAGUGCGCCCACGGUGAGCCCCACGAGCAGGACUGCGACGCCGGGCUGGCCUACGACGAGAGGAUCCACGGCUGCAACUGGCCGGAUCAGCUGCUGGAGCACUGCAAUCCCGAGGCGGUCGUUGGCUUCAAGUGCCCCACCAAGGUGGACCCCAACUCGGUGGCCGCCCGCUUCUGGCCCUUCCCCCGCUUCCCCGUCGCCGGCGACUGCCACCGCCUGAUCACCUGCGUGGAGGGCCAUCCGCGCCUGAUCAGCUGCGGCGAGGACAAGGUCUUCGACGAGCACACGCUGACCUGCGAGGAGCCGGAGUACGCCAGCGGCAGCUGUGCCAACUACGGCAAGUAGGGAUCGCCGAGCGAUCCGUACACGCCCACGAACAAACAAACUGCAGUGCAAACUCGAUAAUGUGAACGUUCGAAUUAAAGGAGAUAUGUACAUACAUGUGUACUUGCAAACUUGGA